AUGGCCGCGGCUGCGGCGGCGGCGUCUCUGGCGAUCCGUCUCACGGCGCUCGUCGUCGUGCUCGUCGUCCUCUGCCCGACGGCGUCCGCGGCGCCGAAGGGGAAGCAGUACAAGGUCGGCGGUCCUGAAGGGUGGUGCGUGCCCCCGAAGGUGGACAAGGAGAUGUUUUACGUCAAGUGGGCGUCCAGCAUAACCUUCUUCGUCGGGGACUCCGUCGAGUUCGUGUACAAGAACGACUCGGUGAUCAAGGUGAGCAAGGUUGGAUACUACCACUGCAACGAGACGGCGGGCAUCGGCACCGGCCCCGGGCCGAGGGAUGGCAAAACGCUCUUCCCCCUCGACGCGCCAGGCUUCACCUACUUCGCCAGCUCGAACCUCGCACACUGCAACGAUGGCCAGAAGCUCAUAAUUAAAGUCCUCGACGCCGAGCAGCGGCCGCCGGCAUCAGCAUCGUCGCCGUUAGAGGCCCCGACGGAACCAUCAUCUUCACAAGCGCCGCCGUCUCCGGAGCCAGGGCCGGCCUCCAAGGAGCACUCAUCCGCCAUGGGAGGGCCAUUCGUGGCGCCUCUCGCUCGCGCCAUGGCACAAGCUGCAACAUUGGUCCUAGCCUGCUUAAUUUGA